AUGAGGGCCGGUGUGCAGGGCAACCAUGAAAGCAUUGCCAAAUCUGCACUCUCGGGCCAGGCACCGCCUGCCGCCGAGCAGCAGGAGGCGGCGGCUGCCCAAGCGACGGGGCUCCAGCAGGAGCAGCAGAGGCAGCUGUGGCACCACUUCCAGAAGUCGGCCACCGCCGUGGCUCAGCUCUACCAAGAGCCAGGGUGGCAGGUGGAGGCGGGCGUGUCGCCGUGGGACCCCUUCCAGCACGCGGCCGUGGCCGUGACCAGCCUCUACAAGGCUAGCGGGGAUGCCCAACGCCAAAGUUUUGACCUGGGCGUCCAGGUGGGCCGCCAGCGGCGCGUCGGGGAUGUGCUGGCCUGGGCGCAGAAUGGUCGCAGCCUCAUCCGCCGCGAAGACCUGAUUGGUUUCCUCUGUGGCAAAGGGCCGGCCACCCCCGCGGCGCCGAGAGCCCCCCGGCCCGCCGCCAAGCCAGCGGUCACCGCCGCCGUCGGGGGUCCGGGCCAGGCGGCCUCAUCCCCUGCGCUCGUCGACCUGCAGCCGUUCCACGAGGCCAUCGCCCUGCAUGGCUUUGACCGUACCCUGGCGGCCGCCGCGCCCAGCCCGCAGCCGCGCAACAGUGACCCAGGCGGCGACGGUUAUGGUGGCGGCAGCGCUGCCGCGUGCCGCAAAAUUACCUUCCUCGACGGCCACGCCUUGAACCCCGCGAAUGCGGAAGAAGUCGACGCCGGGCCGGGAGGCGCCGGGAUCCGCAAGCGCCCUUCAUCUCCGGGUGCCCAGGCCCUCACAGACUUGCCCAGCCCAAAGCGCAACCGAAUGACCUGAACCUGUGGAGGUGUGACACGCUGCCGCCCCGCCACCUCAGAGACGCCAGCCCAGGGGUGGCCUAGAGACCACCUCGCUCCCUUUGCUUUGUUAACAAAUCUUGCCAGUUCUGCUACAAAUGAACUUUCCAGAUAUUCCACAAGACGCCUCUCGAAACUCUUUCUGAAAACCUUGAAUCUUGGCCGAGAACCUUAAGCACCGUAGUUAUCAAGAGCCUUUUCAGCAAUGUAGCGGGUUAAAGACUGAGCCUGGUUUAUCUUGUUCAAGUCACACUUUGUAGCAUCUAGCACAGUUUCAGUGCUCAAUAAAUGUUGGUUGAAUGAAUA